UAAAAAUAUUAAGGAAGGAGACGAAAAAAAAAAAAAAAUGGUGGCUGUUCAGUUAUUUAGCAGCUGGAAGCCAUUGAUACUACCUUCACAAGCUUUGAGACGCGAUCAAUUCGCCUCUUUUAACAGGAGCUUGAGUUUACACUCUCCGCCUUUAGGUGGGAUUGAGUCUUUUAGAUGCAGAGUCAUCUUCUUCCUCAAUUUCACUGCUACUACAGAGACCUUUAAAGUCAAAUCUCAAAGGGCAGGAGACACAGAGCCGUUUAGUGUCAAUUCCAAAUUUCAUAAGAGUCUUCCAUAUAAACUUGUGAUAGGAUGCAUCCCACUGUAUGCAGUGUUCAGAGUAGCGAAAAAGAUAUGUUUAGAGCUUCCCCGCCUCGUUCAGAACUCAGUGGGGGCUGGCUUGCCGUUUGCUUGUGCAUCCAACUCUCUACCUACUCCUCUCAAGUUGGACGUCCCCGUUCCUUCUUUUUACGAUAUCAAAUGGGGUCUUUCAAGGUUUCUUUACCUGUUCAAUAUUCAGCUCGAGAAGAACAUUGGCACGUUCCUUGUGGCGCUCAUGAUAGCAUGUGUAUCAUUUGUUUUCAUUGGGGGACUCCUAUUUUUCAAAUUCAGGAAAGACCUACCCUUAGAAGACUGCCUCUGGGAGGCCUGGGCAUGCCUCAUUUCCUCUUCUACUCAUCUGAAGCAAAAGACACGCACUGAAAGAGUCAUUGGAUUUGUCCUAGCCAUUUGGGGAAUAUUGUUUUACUCUCGGCUUUUAAGCACAAUGACAGAACAAUUUCGGUAUAAUAUGACGAAACUGAGGGAAGGGGCACAGAUGCAAGUCCUAGAAGCUGAUCAUAUCAUCAUUUGUGGAAUAAACAGUCAUCUACCUUUCAUACUAAAGCAACUGAACAGUUAUCAUGAGCAUGCUGUUCGCUUAGGUACUGCCACAACUAGGAAGCAGAGACUUCUGCUCAUGUCUGAUACUCCAAGGAAGCAGAUGGACAAGCUAGCUGAGGCGUACUCCAAAGAUUUUAAUCAUAUUGAUAUCCUUACAAAGAGUUGUAGUCUUAACAUGACGAAAUCAUUUGAGAGGGCUGCCGCCUCUAAGGCGCGUGCUAUUAUCAUACUACCAACGAAAGGUGAUAGGUAUGAAGUUGAUACAGACGCAUUUCUUUCUGUAUUAGCCCUUCAGCCCAUUCAAAAGAUGGAAUCGAUCCCGACCAUUGUAGAGGUAUCAAGCCCUAAUACGUAUGAUCUUCUCAAGUCCAUUUCGGGAUUGAAAGUGGAGCCAGUUGAAAAUGUUACGUCGAAAUUGUUUGUCCAAUGCUCACGUCAAAAGGACCUGAUUAAGAUCUACAGGCACCUACUAAAUUACUCAAAAAAUGUAUUUAAUCUUUGCAGCUUCCCCAAUCUAGUUGGGACGAAGUAUAGACAACUAAGACUGGGGUUCCAGGAGGUUGUGGUGUGUGGCCUUUUACGAGAUGGGAAAGUAAAUUUCCAUCCAAAUGAUGAAGAAGAGCUCAUGGAAACCGACAAACUAUUGUUUAUCGCACCUCUCAAUUGGAAAAAGAAGCAACUCCUGUAUACAGACAUGAAACUUGAGAACAUUACAGUAGCUCCGGCUGAUACUCCAAAGCAAGUUUUUGAGAAAAAAAGAUCACGGCUAGCGAAGAUAAUUAUGCGUCCGCGUAAGUCCUUAUCAAAGGGAUCAGAUUCCAUCAAAGGACCCAAAGAAUCUAUACUAUUACUUGGUUGGCGUGGAGAUGUUGUGCAUAUGAUCGAGGAGUUUGAUAACUAUCUAGGUCCAGGCAGUUCAUUGGAAAUAUUAUCGGAUGUACCACUAGAGGAUAGAAGAAGAGUGGACGAUAGUAUGGGUUCAGUGAAAAUCAAGAACAUCCAAGUUUCACAUAAGGUUGGGAAUCCUCUGAAUUAUGAUACAUUAAAGCAAACUAUAAUGCGUAUGCAAAGUAAAUAUAAAAAAAGCAAAGCUGUUCCUCUGACCAUCCUUGUAAUAUCAGAUCGAGACUGGCUUCUUGGAGAUCCAUCUAGAGCAGACAAACAAUCUGCUUAUUCUCUUCUCCUUGCUGAAAGCAUCUGCAACAAGCUUGGAGUAAAGGUACAUAAUCUAGCCUCUGAAAUCGUCGACUCAAAUCUCGGCAAGCAGAUAACAGUGCUGAAGCCAUCCCUAACUUUCAUUGCAGCAGAGGAAGUUAUGAGCCUUGUAACAGCACAAGUUGCUGAAAAUAGCGAACUGAACGAGGUGUGGAAGGACAUUUUAAACGCAGAUGGUGAUGAGAUAUACGUUAAGGACAUUGAGCUGUACAUGAAAAAGGGCGAGAACCCUUCAUUCACCGAGCUCUCAGAGCGGGCUUGGCUAAGGAGAGAAGUCGCUCUAGGCUACAUAAAAGGCGGUAAAAAGAUGAUCAAUCCGCUACCAAAGAAUGAACCUCUCUCUCUCGAAAUGGGUGACUCGUUGAUUGUUAUAUCGGAGCUUGAAGGAGACCAACCCAUCACACUAUGAAACUGUAUACAUUCUCAUAUACCACAUUUUGUUAUAGUUUCUUACACACAAUGCAACAUUGGGCAAGGAGACUGACUCACAAAUACAACGCAAGCAUCAAAUAAGUCGUUAAAUUUGUACAAAGAACAAACGCUUUUGCAUCGAAGCCCCUUUUUGGUCAUUGUUCUUUGUUCUUUCUUUCACCCCGAAUAAAAACCAGCCUUUGUAAUGAUUUGAAUUUUUUUUUUUUCCUUUCUUAAAGCCUAUAUGUCUCCAACUCGAGGUUUAUAAUUUUUUUCCAAA